GUAAAACAACUUAUAUCGUGUCCUUUAAACGUCCCCGGCUUAGUCGACUUUUGAUAUCAGGAAACAUGGCGCACGCCUUGAACUUUAACCUCGGAUAUUUAUUCAGGCUCGUUCGUCCGUUCGACAAAAUGCAAAUCCAUCACUUAAAAUUCUCGCGAUAAAUGCUGCUGAUAUAUUAAGGCAGAUGAGGGGGGCUCGUCCACUUGGAGAGGCGUUGGGUUUCCUUGGAGGAUCUCGGUCAAGUUUGGAACUGUCUAGGGUCUCAUAAUUUGCAGCCAUGUCGGACGCGGUGGUUAGUUUCAUGAAGGACUUUUUGGCAGGUGGUAUUGCCGCUGCCAUCUCCAAAACUGCUGUUGCUCCCAUUGAGAGAGUCAAGUUGUUGCUGCAGGUCCAGCAUGCCAGCAAACAGAUCACUGUAGAUAUGCAGUACAAGGGAAUCAUGGACUGUGUGGUCAGGAUCCCAAAGGAACAAGGCUUUAUUUCCUUCUGGAGAGGCAACCUGGCCAACGUGAUCCGUUACUUCCCCACCCAAGCCCUCAACUUCGCCUUCAAAGACAAGUACAAGAAGCUGUUCCUCGGUGGUGUGGAUCAAAAGACACAGUUCUGGCGUUACUUCGCAGGUAACCUGGCAUCUGGCGGUGCUGCUGGUGCGACCUCGCUCUGCUUCGUCUAUCCUCUUGACUUCGCCAGAACAAGACUCGCUGCCGACAUCGGAAAAGGCACAGCCGAAAGAGAGUUCACCGGUCUUGGAAACUGCAUCUCCAAGAUCUUCAAAACCGAUGGCCUCAAGGGUCUGUACCUGGGUUUCAACGUGUCAGUGCAGGGUAUCAUCAUCUACAGAGCGGCUUACUUCGGAUGCUUUGACACAGCUAAAGGUAUGCUGCCAGAUCCCAAAAACACGCACAUCGUCGUCACCUGGAUGAUCGCGCAGACUGUCACUGCCGCUGCAGGCAUCAUUUCAUACCCAUUCGACACCGUCAGACGUCGUAUGAUGAUGCAGUCUGGACGUAAAGGAGCUGACAUCAUGUACACGGGCACAAUCGACUGCUGGAAGAAGAUCGUGAAGGAUGAGGGUGGAAAAGCCUUCUUCAAGGGGGCCUGGUCCAACGUGAUCAGAGGAAUGGGCGGCGCCUUCGUGUUGGUGCUUUACGACGAGAUCAAGAAGUACACAUAAUAAACUUUCUCAUCUCCCAGUCCCCCCGCCCCCCCAAGGAAACCCUUCGCGUUGUUUAAGUCUUAAUUCUUGUGAUAGAGUGAUAACAGCUUGUGGUGAAUUGUAAUGAGGGCAUGUUCUCCUCUGAGAUUGCCCGAGACAGGUACGUUAGGUUUACCUCACCGGGUUCACAUGCCCCCGAAGAAAAUCUGUACAUACACAUCCCAUCUACGACGUGCCAAAACGCACAAAAAGUCAAAGCAGGUUGUCCAGUGGAGAUGUUGUGAUGACGAAAAUGAUGACAUCACUACCAGCCUCCUCAUGUUAGUUUCAUUUUGUGAAGCAGUUGUGUUGUGAGCACUCUACUCCAUGUAUCUUAUCUCACACUUAAUUUAACUAAGAAUAAAGAUGUAUUAGUCAAACAGUC